AUGUCUGAGGGUAACUCUGGAUCUAAUCGCAAAAUCGCAAUCGACAAUGUCAGGGUGUUCGACGGGGAGAUAAUAAGGCCUCCAGCUACCGUGAUAAUUGAUGGCAACAUAAUUGGCCAUGAUGAUUCAGACAUAAAUGAUCGAAUCGACGGCCAAGGCGGCGUUCUCCUCCCAGGCUUUAUCGAAUCCCAUUCCCAUCCACGAAAGAUUGCGGACCUACAAUCUUUGACCAGCCAUGGCAUCACGACCGCUUUCCAGCUGGCCUGUUUCUCCAAAGAGCACGUCCACUCUUUCCAAAAGCUCCCUGGUCUCGUCGACGUCUACUCUGCUGGCGCUCCAGCCGCUGCUCCCGGAAGCACACACGGUAACAUGAUCCAGAACAUGAUCUCAAUGCCAAACCUACUAGUCCAAGGAGAGGACGAUGUUACGCGUUGGGUCGACGAGCAAAUCUCAUGGCAACCCAACUUCAUCAAAUUGAUCGCACAAACGCCCGGUCUCUCACAAGAGACCCUGAACGCGCUCGUUGCAGCUUCUCAUGGGCAUGGCAAGCAGGUUGUGUGCCACGCGGCCGAUGCUGACUCCCAUGCUCAAGCCAUGCAAUCCGGUGCCGACCAGAUCCACCACACCCCCCUUGACAAGCCAAUUACCACAGAUCUGGCCCAGCAAGUCUUGUCUCGUGGUCAGAUUGUCGUGCCCACCUUGUCGGUGAUGAAGGCCUUUGCUGGGCUGAAUUUGCCUGGGCAAACAAGCUACGAGUCGGCUCGUGAAUCGCUCCGGAUAUAUCACGAGGCUGGAGUCCCGAUCAUUGCAGGGACGGAUGCGAAUCACGAGAUUGCUGCCGUGGUUUCUUUUGGGAAGUCCUUCCAUGACGAGCUGGAGCUCAUGAUGGAGGCGGGCAUGACAAGUGUAGACGUGCUUCGGUCGGCGACGGUGCUGCCGGCUAAGCACUGGAGCUUGGAGGACCGUGGGGUUAUUGAGCCGGGAAAGAGAGCAGACUUGGUUUUGAUUGAGGAGGAUCCUAUUGCCGAUAUUAAAGCUACCCGGAAUGUUAAACGGGUCUGGGUUGCAGGUGCAGAGUAUACUGGUCCUCUUGAAGGGGCAAUGGAAGCAUAG